CCCACGUGACUUUCAUUUCGCACCGGAGAAAUGUUUAAUAAGUCAUCAGGUCCUUGCCGGGAUCUUUAUUCCGGCGAGAACCGCGGCGUUUAUCGGAGCUAACAGUAUUUAUUGAAAAAAUGUGCGACGCGAAGUGGCUUUUUAAAGUGUUGGUGAUAGGAGCCAUCCUCGAAGGUUGCCACCUUAUCAGCAGCCGGGGCGACCCUAAUGGAACUGCCGAGAUACUAUGGAACCUGUCGAAUAGAGCCAUCCAGUCUAGGCAGUAUCAGUAUCCAGCUUAUCAGCAGCCUCAAUCUUUUAUGGAUGCUUUGGCGUCUGUCGCCUACAACGAUGAGCUCCACUGCGUCCCCAAACUCCUGUGCGAACUCACCUCAUCUUCAAAACCAGCGCAGUCCAUUCUACCUUUCGACAUCAAUUUGGAUUCGCUCUCUGGUGUUUUGAGUACUUUGAAUGCAGUUUCUCCGAUUUUGUUAUUUGGAAGAGCCGCACUACUCGGAUAUACUUCCGGUGAAAAUGCGAAUUUAGCAUGCAGUAGGGCGUUCCCUCAGUGCCCCAACGAUCCUAACCAAUUGGUCAAUUACCUGAACAACCACAACGGCGGUUUUUUCAGGUACUUCAAUGGGCUUCCUCAGAGGUACAGAAGUAGUGAAUCCAGGAUCCUCUCGGGAUCAGGGAUAAAUCCUACGGUAAAAUUCCCGACGUACAACAGCUAUUACUCAAAUGACCAUGGUGGUCGUAGAUCAGCGAAAUCGUUGUCGUUUCCUGGGGAGACGCGCGAACGACCUACGCAUGAUCCUAAGGCUUUCAUCUUCCCCAGAGAGGGUGCGGAUUACCAAAGGGUCAGAGGUGGUAAGAGUGUGAACUUCGGUCGGGUCAGAGGUGAGACAUCCGGCCUGGACUUCCAGCGGGUUCGACCCAAUCACAUCGCAGAUCCGCACAUCUAUCCAACCCGAACCGGGACCGGUGAACUCCUGUUCGACCGCGACUUCUAAUUGCAUCGGAACCACAUCAAACUAACCGCGCUCCAAGCUAGUGUACUAUUCCUCAUGUUGAUAACGUACGACCAUAUAAUGCGUAAAAGAGCCUUAUCAAUCAUUGUUAAUGUAAAUAAAGUCAAGCUGUCUGCGAUAAAUAAAUUACUUUCGGAUCAAUAGGCAGCCUUUGUGCUAAACUUUUUCCCAUUCUUUUCGCUCUGCGUUUCCUCUCCGUCUGUCUGCAUCAA